AUAAGUGUUUAUUAGUAUGAUAUCAUUUUUAAGAAUUUAGCACAUCUUUUUUGUUGUCGCAUGGCAGUGAGCAAGCUUUGAUGCCUGAAGUUUUUUGAUUCAUGCCUUACUAACAAGGCACAUUGUUAAAUUGGCACAACUUCAAAGGGAUAUUUCAAACACUUUCACGACCACAUUCCCAUUUUCCUACACGAAAUACUCGCUCGAAAGAGAGCGCGAAAGUCUACCGAAUGCAUGCCGUAGCAUUGCGAGCCCUCCGCACAAGCAGGAAUCCUCUCUCGAGGCAGACAUGUCGGAUUAUUGCAGGCUGUAGAUACCCCUCUCCCCGGCGCACCUUUCACCGUUCAGCAAUUUGCCUCAAUACACCUGAAGGCGCAGAGAAUCCAGGUGAUAAUAAAGAGGAGAGAUCAGGCAUAGAGGAUAUCCCGCGAAUACCCGAAGAGGCAGAGCUAGGAAACCCGGUGGAUGUUCCACAGGUAUCCGCGGAGGCAGAGUUGGACAAUCCAGUGGCAGAAGAUUCAAUACAGCCAGUUGAGAGCGUAGACCAUGAGCAAAGGUCUCGAGGAAGGGUUUCGGCGCGAACCUUAAGAGCAAAUCGACAAAAACAGCCAGAAGGUCUACCACCGAUAGUACUGCCAGAUUGGUUCUGGGAUAAUGUCAAACUGGCUGAGGAACUGCCGGAGAGCGGCUCGCUCGCUGUUUACUAUGGUAGUAACGUCACAGAAUUGACUACUAAUCCGACGGAUCCCGAAGCAACCGAGAGGAUGAGCCAUGCAAUCAAAUCUAUUGUCGAGUGCGACCUGCCUCCAACCGAGAAAGCAAAAUAUAGCAUGCAUGUUAAUGUUUACAAGGAAAUAUUGGCAUCCAUCACAGCAGGACUGAAACUGCGUCCCUCACAAGCUAUUAUGGACGGUAAAAAUGUCAUGAGACCCAUUCUCCACUUGCAAUGCCCUAAAGACGGAGGAAUAUUGUAUCUAGACUCUGUCGUGGAGACAAUUUCGGCCAAAUUAGGAGCUGACCUCAUACGUCUUGACCCGGUCGACAUAGCUCAAAUUUUGGGGCCAUAUAUGGAUGAGAAUUUAGCCUGGACAGGAGCGAAAGCAUCCCUCUUAGGCUACGAAACUUCGCGAAUGGCGGGCAGGCUAGAAGAUUACGAAAAAGACUCGAGCCCGGCACCUGAAGAUAUGGAAGGAACCGAGGAGGAAGACACGACGGGCAUGAGCAGAAAACCUAGCCCCGCAAUUGCCUUUACAGCAUCAAAUUCUUCUGAAGCACAGAAAAAGCUCUCGGCGAUUUUUAGCCGAUUAAAGGGAGCGCUCAAUCCGGCGGCUGAUAACAACAGGCGUUCAUCAGAUGUUGUGAUGCCAUUUGCUACUUUCGCCGAUCCGAACUUUUCGGCUUCUAGCAACGGCAACUCAACCUUCAGUAAUGUGAAAUCUAAUGCUGAACAGUGGAAUGAUUUGAAGACGACAGCUUUACUUGAGGCACUAGUCACUGGUGCCGAUUCAAAACGUGCAUCGGAGUCUUCGGGUACUGAUGCAUCCAACGCGAGGGACCUCAUCAUACAAGUUCGUGAUUACAAGGAUUUGACUAGAACAUACCAUGGAUAUAACAUCAUCGAUAAAAUGCGGACAUUGGUCACCAAGCGCUGGCAGUCCGGGCGGAAUAUAAUUAUGGUUGGAACAAGUUCUUUGGAGCAAGGAGAAUCCGAGCUCUCAUCAGCAGGUAUUCAACAUAUCCAAUCUGAUAUAGUUGAAGGCGAGAAAAGAACAAUAUUUGUCCCUCCGGAUCGAAGGCCAGAACAAGAUACAGUAUUCGAAUCCGAUGAUAAGCUACGCAUUCGGACCUUAAACAUAAGGCACGUCGAGGAUAUGAUCACGAAACUCGCGGGUGAUGCACUUAUCACUGUGGAUAUAGAAAAAGAUCUCGACGGCGGUUGGGUACAAUCCGCUGGGUUAGAUGAGGCAGUUUGGCAUUACGCCCGCGUACAAAGGCUCGCAACAACUAUUCUAGGAUUGGAAAACAACCCGGUGAUUAUAGAUGGACCAACGUUCUGGAAAGCUGAACAGCUACUCUCCGAAAGUGACAGUGCCAAAUUCUCUUGGGGCGCAGCAGAGUUGAAGGAAGAAGAUAAUGACGUGAACAACAUGCUUGAUGAGAUCAACAUUUCCCCGAGGAAUAUUAACAUUAAGGACAAGCUGAAGCAAAUCCGGAAAACCUGCACUCCUCACGAAAAAAAGCUCCUGGGAGGUGUGGUCAUACCUUCGGAUAUUCACACAAAGUUCGAAGAUGUCCAUGCUCCGAAGGAAACCGUGGAGGCACUAAAGACUUUGACAAGCUUGUCGUUGAUACGACCAGAGGCUUUCACUUAUGGUGUACUUGCUACUGAUAAGAUGCCUGGUUUGCUCUUGUAUGGACCUCCUGGAACCGGUAAGACUCUUUUGGCCAAAGCAGUGGCGAAAGAAAGUGGCGCGACCGUUCUCGAGAUUAGUGGCGCUGAAGUAAACGACAUGUACGUUGGCGAAGGUGAAAAGAACGUCCGAGCAAUUUUCUCUCUAGCUAAGAAACUAUCACCUUGUGUGGUAUUCAUCGAUGAGGCAGAUGCUAUAUUUGCUGCUCGUGGUGACACUAAGCGCUCGACCGCUCACAGAGAGAUGAUCAACCAAUUUUUACGAGAAUGGGAUGGCAUGAAUGACCUAUCUGCAUUCAUUAUGGUCGCUACCAAUCGGCCGUUCGAUCUUGACGAGGCUGUUCUGCGCCGGUUGCCUCGAAGACUUUUGGUAGAUUUACCUGUUGAAAAGGAUCGCGAGUCUAUACUCAAGAUCCAUCUCAAAGAGGAGAUCCUUGACUCAUCAGUCUCUCUUACCGAACUUGCCAAAAACACACCCUACUACUCUGGGUCAGAUCUCAAAAAUCUGUCGGUUGCAGCUGCAUUGGCAUGCAUCCGGGAAGAAAACGAGCUUGCCACCAAACACGAAGGCGAUACUCCUUACACAUAUCCCAAGAAACGUAUCCUCACCAAAGCUCAUUUCGACAAGGCAAUGGAGGAAAUUAGUGCUAGUAUCAGUGAGGAUAUGAGUACACUCUCUGCAAUUCGUAAAUUCGACGAGAAAUACGGUGAUAGGAAAGGAAGGAGGAAGAAGAGCGCAGGAUUGGGUUUCGGGGGUACGACCAUUCCAGAGAAGGACUCUGAGGCAGGAAGAGUAAGGAAAUCACAGUUGGCGGCGUAGAUAAAAUGGAAUUCAUUUCAUCUGAGUGUUCAUUAGAGGUAUUUACGGCUUCUUUUUAGGGCUUGCGUUUGCAGCGUGCAUAUCACACUCACGAAUGCAUGAAUGGGCGUCACGGUCAUUGUAUAUAUAUGUCUGGGAAGGAAGUGUCUUGUUACAUAUUAAUUUUGUAGCAAUAAAAAUAGAUUAUGACAUUGCUGCUCUCCUU